UUUAAAGUUAAAAGGUUCAGAACUAUUUUACUCAACUCGCUUUGUUUACAUUUUCUGCUAGAGUACUUCUUGUUUUAAGGCAACUUGAGAAAAUUAAAAUUAAGUCUCUAAUAUGAUCAGAAAUAUUUGUCACUUCAUAAUUAUGCUUUUAUAAAUAUUAAAAUCAUAAAUCACCGGGCUAAAAUGGCUGCAAUUCGGCAUACUUUACAUAAAGAGGUAUUUUUACCAAAUGAUGAACGAUUGGUGGGCGUUGUUAAUGUCGCAAAAGCAAACAAAAAGAAGAAAACCGCAUUUUUGUGUCUUUCUGUAAAUAAUGAAAAACCUUCUUUAAUUACUUUGUGUCAAGUAAAAAGAUCUGAAAAAGAAGUAUACAAGAAAAAAAAUUCGUGGCAAUUGCGGGAAUUGAAGCUUGUUGACGGUAAAGAUGAAAAUAAACCAACUGCUGAAUUUGAUUUGCACUUUGAAAAAGUGUACAAAUGGAUCGCCAGCAGUGUUCAAGAAAAGAAUGCAUUCAUUAAAUGUCUUUGGAAAUUUUGUAGCCAUCUUCCGCGUCAAAAACCGACGUUCAUUAAUAUUCCUAAAGACUUGUUACAAGAGCAAGUUACGUCUCCAAAAAUCGGUACCGUUACUCCUCAAAUCGGAGAAGAAGUUUCUGUACUAGAUCCAGAAGAUUAUCAAGCGUUGACUACACGUGAAGAAUCAGAUCUUGAGUCUUUAAUGGCUCAGUAUGAUUUUAUCAUUGGUAAUGCUGAAGAGUUUACUGAGCAACUGGCCAGGGAACUAUCUGAGUUGGAUGCAGCCAAUAUCCGUUCAAUUAUGGCAUCUGAGCUCAAAGUUCAAGGACUUAUGAAUAUGUUACAAACAUCGUAUGAUGAAGUGUGUGAUCUUGAAGACAAAUUAGAUAUUUAUGAUGAUAUUCUGAAAAACGUAAAAGACAGUGUUGUACAAAUGGAAGAAAAAGAUGCCCGAAUGAAAAUGCAGCAUCGGAACAACAUUAAACUUCUUAAUGAGCUUGAAAAUAUGGUAAAUAAACUUGACUUUUCUGAAAAACAUCGCAUUGCAUUAGAUGGAGAUCUUAAAACUGCUGAUGGUAUAGCCAACUGCACUGCUGCUGCAAAGGCAUUGCAAGAGGCUAUUAAUUCAUAUAUUAGUCCUGGAUUGAUGAAAAUGUCUGCAUACUCUGAACAAAAAUCUGAGCUAGAUAGAUUGCAGAAUAAAUUUGUGUUACGAUUGAGUCAUCAUUUAAACAAUCUAUUCCAUCACUUAGGCAAUGAAUGUGAAGAGAAUUUAACCUUUCUGUCUCCUGAAUUGACUCUACCUAAACAUAGCACUUGUCACAAAGAAUUACUUCCAUACACAGAGUUAAUGAAUUGGGUUAAAGUAACCUCUCCCAGCAGUUAUGCUCAAUUAUGUAGAGUUUAUACAGCAUCUCUUUCUAAACUCUAUGACAAAGAAAUAAUGUUCUUAUUUGAUGUAGCAAAGGAAAAAAUUGCCAGCCGAAAUGGAUUUGACAAGGACCGAAAGUAUAAAACUCUCACUUCCAGCCAGGAUCUAAUACAAAAAACUUCCGUAAAAAACAAAACCACAUCUCUGUUAGGAACAGAUUCUGAUUUAUAUGGUUCAGAUUUGGAUGUUGUGGAAUAUGAAGGAUUUGACCGAAUCUUUGAAAAUCUUUUAAGUGCCUUAGAACCAACAUGCCUUUCUGAACAGCAGUUUUGUAUGCAGUUCUUCGGCUUGCAGUCAGAAAUUGCAGCUUCUCAAAGCAGCCAAACAUUGACGAUACCAGUUCCGCAAGGUCUGAGUCCUACUCCGAGCAAUAGCAGCUUAAGUCAUGCUGGAAGUGAAGAAAUGCUGUUGAGUGCCUUAAAGAAAGAAAAGCAAAUCAAUGAAGAACUUAGAAGAAUGAUGGGAGAACUGUUCUCAUGUUUAGAACGUGAAUUAGUGACCUUCAUAUCUGAUUAUGACAAAAUUGAUGGCUUUUAUUCUAUGUAUGUAUUGGUUCGAUUAAGCCAGCAUGUCAUGUCUGCCCAGGAUACUGGAUCUUUUCUUAGCAUGACAUUCGCAAGUGUAUUAGUGCAGGCUAAGCGAAACUUCGAUAAAUUCAUGAAUUCCCAGAUCAAAUCUAUUGAGGAAGCAAAGGUUUCCAAGAAAUCCAAGUGCGGCAUUCUUCCUUUCAUAGCCAACUUUGAAAAGUUUGCGCGCCAAGCAGAAAAUAUUUUCAAAGCUUCUGAGCGACGUACUGAUUUGGACAGGUGGUAUUCUAAGCUAGCUAAAACUAUGUUUGAAGAAAUUGUUAAAAUUUCACUUGAACAUCAAAAAACACCACAAGAAGUGAUCCAGAUGGAGAACUUUCACCACAUUUUUACUGUGCUGUUUCAGCUUAAAAUUCCUUGCCUUGAAGCUGAGCGAAAAGAAGCCAAACAGAGAUACAAUGAUGCACUUCAAGCUUAUGUCACUCAGUACUUUGGCAGACCUCUGGAGAAACUCAAUCUUUUCUUUGAGGGAGUUCAAAACAAAGUUGCUCAAGGCGUUAAAGAAAAUGAGAUUGGAUACCACCUUGCAUUUAGUAAGCAAGAGUUGCGUAAAGUUAUCAAAGAGUAUCCUGGCAAAGAAGUCAAGAAGGGACUAGAAAAUUUGUAUAGGAAAGUUGAAAAACAUUUGUGUGAGGAAGAAAAUUUGUUGCAAGUUGUCUGGCAUUCCAUGCAAGACGAGUUUAUCCGACAAUAUAAAUAUGUGGAAUCUUUGAUUGAGAGGUGCUAUCCUGGUGCGAAAAUCAAUUUAGAAUUUUCCAUUAAUGACAUUUUAGAAUUUUUCUCUGAAAUAGCUCGCUCUCACUAAUAUUGCUAGUACAUUUUUGUUAAUGUUUCAUAAUUAUAUUUAAAUUAUUACUUGUUGAAAUUGUAAUUACAUUUUGGACAAGAUCACUCAUUAAAUUGUUAAGAUUUGGUUUUCACUUUAAAUUUAAGAUAAGUGGACCAAAAUUUAUUAUUGCAAAAUAUGUAACAAUAUAUUUUUGUGAAUGAGCUUCCUGUCUUGAAAAUUUCCAUUCAUCUUUUGUAGUAACAUAUUAUUUGCCAUUAAAUAUUGUUAGUAUUAAUUUAA